AAACUGAAUAUAGCAAUUUAAAAAUUACAAAAAGAUUUGAUAUUGAAAAUAUAAUAUAUUUAAAUGAUGAAAUAUUUCAAAAUAAUAUUGAUAAUGAAAAAUCACAAAAUGAUAAGUAUAUUAAUGAUAAUUCAUAUAUUGAUAAUAAUUCAAAUAUCAUAGAUAAUAAUAUUAGUGAAAAUUUAAGUGUUGUAGAAAAUGAUAAUGAGAAUUCAGAAUCAUUACCUAUAGCAUUUUGA